UGCAGCAUGAGUAAUGUGCUCCUUACUAAUGAAAAGGGAGGAUGCCGUCGGUUCUAUCGGGUGGCCACCAAUAUCAAGCAUGUGUGUGGGAUGCUGCUCAGCAUGAAAAGAUAUAUUGGAAGAAACAGUGUGCUAGAAUGGGCGCUCUUCCACCUUCAGAUGCAGAUACACAGUAGGAGAGAUUUGCUCUUUAAUAUCAGCAGCUUCUCAAAAAACAAUAUGAAAAAGGAUUUUGAAAACUUGAAGAGUUUGUUAUCUGUGCCCCCGAUACAAAGGAGUCCUGAAAUUCUUCGACAGAUACGGUUUUGUCUAAAGAAGAAUAGAGCAUUUCAGAGUCUUCGUGAGAAGACACAGUUGGAACUUUGUCAGCAUCUUAUCUACCAAGAAUAUGAAUCAAAAACCUUAGUUAUUAAACAAGGACAUGUACCAUGCGAGUGUUAUAUAAUGUUAUCUGGACGAUUAGAAGCAACUACAGAGGCGUCCAGUUCAAAGAAGCAAAGUUCAUCAUCUUCUACAUUAUAUGAAGUUGAAGAAGGAGAUUUUGUGGGGGAUAUUGGCCUUGUUACUAAUGAAAGACUUACAUCAUGUGUGUGCAAAUCUGACGUGGAACUACUGGUGAUUGACAAAGAGGCAUUCAAAGAGAUCCUCGCUGCAAAAGUGAAAGUUGAAUAUUAUUCCUUAUGCGAUUUCCUCAGGGGUCUGUUAUUGUUUUCUUCAUGGCCUCCCGAGAAAUUAGAACUUCUUGUUCAUUGCUCUGUUCAACGAAGUUACAGGGCCGGGACAACAGUUGUUGUGGACAGCACCAAAUCUUCAUCCUUAGUGGCAGUGAAAUCGGGCAAAUGUAUGAUUGUGGUGCAUCUCACUCAGGAUAGGCCUUCAACUUCUUAUACAACAAAAAACUAUUCAUUGGUGUUGAAUCACCUUCCUACUGUGUCAUUUCCACUGGAGAAAAGAGAAGGUUCUUUGCAUCAUUUUGAAAGAUCUUUUUCACCAAGAACAUCCUAUUCCGCUUCCUUAAGAGCCCCUUCUACUGAGAUGCACAAGAGACCUCGGCCACAGACUGCAGGACCAUCAACCAUCUCAUUAAGAGACAGAAGCAUACAUUGUGAUUUGGACUGCGCAGAAAAGAAGCUCAAUGACAAAGGAAGAUGUGAUCAGCAAGACGUGAGCCCAUUACCAUCAGUUCGAUUUGUUACUGUUGGGACUCUGGAACGUGGAGGCAUCUUUGGACUGGCAGAAACAAUGUUCAGGUCCUCUAAUCUACGUUUUAGCCUGAUAAGUGAAGGUGCUGACUGCAUUUUUAUUCCAUCAAAACUUUUCCUGGUUGAAGCCCCUGUCAAGUCUAGACAGAUAGCACAAGAGCUGGUGAACAGUUUUCCAACAGAGACAAAGAUCAGAGAAUGCUACGCCUCCCUGCAAACAUGGAGAGCCUACAAGGAAAGAAUUAUCGGAAAGCCUGUAGAUGGACGCAUGAAAUUCCCAAAUCUUAGGAAAUAAAUGAUGAGAAGGUUAAAUACAUAUUUGCAAUGUAUAAUAAUUAAUAACUAUAAAGAUGUUGCUUGAGUAGAUUCGUACACCACUCACCACCUCUCGGAGUAGCUGCACCGCCUGUGCACAGAUGUGCCGGUCCCACCCUCGGCCAGGUACUAGUGUAGAAAAAGGAAAGAUCGCCCAGCACUCGGGAUGCAGUUAAAAGUAGCUUUUCUUUAUUCGAAAAUCUUCAGACAAUGGUCACAACAGAGUAAAGCGUCUAAUCUAUAAAGAUGUAUACAAAACAUUCUGCAUUCCAACCAUUUUGACUUCAGGCCACUCUUAAAUGGGCACUAUCAGAUUCGAAAUCUUUUUACAUGUUGUACAUCUUGGCAAAACAUUAACCUUUCUAACAUACUUCAUAAGAAAAUUGUAUUUACUUUUUAUAGAAUUCAUGGCUUAUAAAAUCAUGGCUUUGUCCAAGCUGAAGCACAUACAUGGACAAAGUGCAGUAAGUGAGGGUGGGCAGGCACUCCUCUGUGUCUGAUAGGACAGGAGAGAGUACAGAGGAGUGCUAUCAGACAGGAGAGAGCACAGAGGAGUCCUAUCAGACAGGAGAGAGCACAAAGGAGUGCUAUCAGACAGGAGAGAGCAUAGAGGAGUGCUAUCAGACAGGAGAGAGCACAGAGGAGUGCUAUCAGACAGGAGAGAGCAUAGAGGAGUGCUAUCAGACAGGAGAGAGCACAGAGGAGUACUAUCAGACAGGAGAGAGCACAGAGGAGUGCUAUCAGACAGGAGAGAACACAGAGGAGUACUAUCAGACAGGAGAGAGCACAGAUGAGUCCUAUCAGACAGGAGAGAGCACAAAGGAAUACUAUUUGACAGGAGAGAGGAGUACCGUCAGACAGGGGAGGGCAAAGAGGAGUGCUAUCAGCCAGUAGAGAGCACAGAAGAGUGCUAUCAGACAGGAGAGAGCACAGAGGAGUGCUAUCAGACAGGAGAGAACACAGAGGAGUGCUAUCAGACAGGAGAGAACACAGAGGAGUACUAUCCAACAGGAGAGAGCACAGAGGAGUCCUAUCAGACAGGAGAGAGCACAGAGCAAUACUAUUUGACAGGAGAGAGGACAGAGGAGUACUGUCGGACAGGAGAGAGCAAAGAGGAGUGCUAUCAGCAAGUAGAGAGCACAGAGGAGUGCUAUCAGACAGGAGAGAACACAGAGGAGUGCUAUCAGACAGGAGAAAGCAUAGCAGAGUCCUAUCAGACAGGAGAGAGCACAAAGGAGUCAUAUCAGACAGGAGAGAGAACAGGGGAGUCCUAUCAGACAGGAGAGAGCACAGAGGAGUCCUAUCAGAUAGGAGAGAGCACAGGGGGGUACUAUCAGACAGGAAAGAGCACAGAGUAGUGCUAUCAGACAGGAGAGAGUACAGAGGAGUCCUAUCAGACAGGAGAGAGCAUAGAGGAGUACUAUCAGACAGGAGAGAGCACAGAGGAGUACUAUCACACAGGAGAGAGCAUAGAGGAGUACUAUCAGACAGGAGAGAGCACAGAGGAGUACUAUCAGACAAGAGAGGCACAGAGGAGUAUUAUCAGACAGGA